AUGGCGAGCGCCAGCAGCUGCUUCUGUGGGCAGAUCCGUCUCCGAGCUUUGAACCCCCCUAAAACAUGCACUUCCAACUAUGUUGGAUGCAAUGGGCGGUUGUUGCGUCCUAACGGUCACCGGUGGCUCGUGGCGUCCGCAGCGAACGCGCCCCAGCAGCGCGGACUAGAGUUUGCGAACGGGCCGAGCCCGAAACCAAAGAUUCGUGCAAUCGCUUCGGAUAUGGACGGGACUUUUCUCGCCAGGGAUCACUCAGCGCCGAAGCGAAAUAUCGAGACGGUGCUCGACUGUAUGCAGCGCGGAAUCUUGUUUCUUCCAGCAACUGGAAAGUCUCGGGCCGGUGCAAUGGCGUCUAUUGGACCGCUCGCGAAACAUCUGACGUCAAACGGUAGACACGGUGCGCCUGGAGUAUAUAUACAGGGCCUUGUGGUGCACGGCCUCGAGGGUGAGCUCGUCUAUCAGCGAACGCUGCCGCGCGAAACCGCCCGGGAGCUGGUACGCAUCCAGCGCCAGCUUCGGUUCGGGAGUCUCGUGGCCUACUCUGGCGACCGGAUUAUCUGUGAAAAGCGCAAUGAGUACACCGAGCUUCUGAUUGCCUAUCAUGAGCCCGCGCCCGACGAUUCUUUCGGUGAAGUUUGGGAGCGUAUUCUUGCCCGGCCAGAACAAGAACUACCCAUUCACAAGAUGCUCUUUGUGGAUACGGUGGAGAGGAUUCGCGAGCUGCGUCCGCUUGUUGAGGACGCCAUGGGACAAAACAGCGGAUCAGCCGCAAUUUCGGACGGAGGUUACAACACAAAGAUGCAGGAUGACACCGGAAACGGGGCACCGAAAUCGAUGAACUGGACCCCAGCAGAACGAAAUCCCUGCAAAGCCGUCGAGACGGAUAUGCGACCGUCGCCUCGAGGCCGCUGCGUCCAGGCCUGUCCGGAAAUGCUGGAGGUCUUGCCACUGGAUGCCAACAAGGGGAACGGCCUGCAGCGCCUACUCCAUCACCUCGGCAUAUUGCCGUCUGAAGUGCUCGCAAUAGGUGAUGCCGAGAACGAUAUCGAAAUGAUCCGAAAUGUGGGCCUGGGUGUCGCAGUUGGAAACGCCUUGCCGCAACUCAAGAAGGUUGCCGAUGUCGUUCUCGAAGAGACGAACGAUGAGGCUGCCGUCGCCGCUGCCUUGGAGCGAUUCGUGCUCUGUCCAUCGAAGGCAUAG